UCAGGAUGCUCAGGGGUUUUUAUAUCAUCACAUAUCCACUGGAAAAACAAGAGAAAGUAUUCCAAUUUCUUGUUGAUUCCCAAGUUCUUUUACACACAACGUGAAUUUGUUGGGUGUAAAACCAAUGAAUACAGAAACAGAACUCUGAGAAGUAUAACGAUAUGAAGCAGCUGUAUCAAUGGUAUUUAUAAAAAGUCAUAGAAAAAAAAUGAAUCCAAAUACAUGUACAAAAAUUAUGUGAUAGAGGAGUGACGGAUGAAAUCACAGAAAAUACAUACAUAAAAAAAUAUGUUGUGACAGAGGACGAGAUGGACAGUUCCUCUACAGGAGGAGCAGAAGCAAACAGGAACAGACGCCGUGAGCAGAAACGCUUCACAACAUCAGACUUAAAACACUUCUCCUCACUGCUGCCGAUUAACAUGGCCAUCUUCUUCUCCUCCAGAGAUUCUUACAUCAACGCCGAGGUCGGCGAGUAUCAGGAGCUCCCCAGACCUGAACCCAAAGAUGCCGCUGCAGAGAAGGACGAUAAACUCAAUUUCAGACGUUUCAGCGUGGUUCUACUGAUUAUGGGUCUGUUAUGUGUUCUUCAGGGAAUCCUGAACAUCGCUCUGAGACUCGCUCUCACUCAGCCUGCUGUUAAAGUUGAGACAGAGGAACCCAGCUGUCCUCAAGGCUGGGUGAUGUUCGCCUCCAGCUGUUACUUCAUUUCCUCUCAGCAGAGAAACUGGGACAACAGCCGGAGGGACUGCUUGCAGAGAGGCGCCGACCUGGUGGUCAUCAACAGCAGACUGGAACAGGCCUUUCUAACUGGGUUCACCGAGGCGGCAUGGGUCGGGAUGACUGACAGAGAGAAGGAAGGGACGUGGGUGUGGGUGGAUGGAAUAUUAGUGGACAAAGACAGGUGAGAGUCAAAAACACCUGGGUAACUUGGCUAGUAAGCUAAAAGUCAGUUGUUGUGAUAUCUUGACAAAGUUUGAUGCUGUGAGAAAUCAAGUUGAUGUUUUAGGGUCCCAAAGAAAAGCGUUGUCUGAUAGCUGGAUGGAGCGGUGAAUAUUAAAAGUAGUCCCUGUCUGCAGCCGUUUAUCUAACUCUAGAGCACACACAACA